AUGGCAACCCCAUCUCGGCAGCGAAUUCGUGGGGCCUCUUUUAAACAGGAGUAUCAGUCCGUUGUUGCACGAAGGCCUCGUCAACGUGCACCUUCAAUGAAUCAGGAACUUAAUAGCAAAUGGGUUCUUCCUGAACAGGAACCGAAAUUUCGAGGGAAGCUGACUUUAGCUCUUGAUCUUGAUGAGACUUUGGUAUAUGCAAGAGAGGGACCUCUCUACGCUCGCCCUGGUUUGGAUGAUCUUUUCAAGCUUUGUAAAGCGAAAAGCGUUGAGGUCGUUGUUUGGACGGCAGGUCUUCGAGCGUAUGCCCAAGCAAUUAUAAGAAAUAUUGACAAGGAAAGGGUAAUAUGUCAUUGUAUAUACCGUCACAGCAAAUGGUUUACGGGUUACGCAGGGUAUCAAAAGGAUCUGUCAGCUCUUGGAAGACCUCUCGACAGAGUGCUUAUUAUUGAGAAUACACCGGAUUGUAUUCGAGGAUAUCAACAGAACGGUAUUCUUGUGGAAGACUAUGAAGGUGGUGAAUCUCCUGAUAAUACUAUUCCCGCUCUUAUAGACCUCGUUCGAAACCUUUGCGAUAGUUCAAUGACUGUGCCUCAAUUUGUUUCUUCUUGCCCUAUGCUUAGGCAGGCCUCCAUUCAGACGGAUCUUGGAGAUUUUAUCAAUGUUUAUAAAUUGGAUGUGGCGGUUUGGACGCCGGGUGAACAUGUUCGUAUCAAUCGUGAUUUGGACCCGAUGGCGGGGCAGGCGGCACAAUGCGAGUCGCAUAUUCAAAAUGAGGUAGCUAGAACUGGCACAGCUGGAAUGCGCUAA